AUGGCUAGUCAAGGAUCGGCAAAUCGUCUUGCAAGGUGGGUCCAGGAUAACCGACUGGCAGUGGCUGCACUGGCUGCUGCGGCAGUAGCUGCCGGUGCAUACUACUACGCAUCUCCGGCGCGUCCCAGAGGUGGUGCUGGUGCGGGUGCUGCGGACGAAGCCGACACGGGUUCUUCGAUCGCAUCCAAGAAGAAGAAGGGCAAGAAGAGCAAGAAGAGCACAAAAAGCUCUGCUACUGGCCCAGUUCUAGACGACGCUGAUGAUGAGGCGUUGGUGCAGCUCAGCGACGCGGAGCUGCAGCGUCUUCCAGCUGCUCGCCGCGAAAGUGUUGCUCAGUACCUCAAGGGUAAGGGCAACAAAGCGUAUUCAAACAAAAAGUUUGAAGAUGCACUCGCUGAUUACACUAAGGCGAUUGCUGCCCAGCCUUCUGCUGUGUUUUACAGCAACCGUGCUGCAUGCUACGCCAACUUGGGCAAGCCGGAAGAAGUGAUCAAGGAUUGCAACGAGGCACUCAAGAUUGACAAGACUUACAUCAAGGCGCUCAACAGACGUGCAGUGGCUGCCGAGCAGCUUGGCGAAGCCGCGAGUGAGUCUGGCGAGGAGGGUAACAAGGCGCGCGCCAGCUUGGAGCGCAGCCUCGCUGACUUUACCGCUGUUGCCAUCCUUGGGCAGUUCCGCGACGCAACGGCGACUGCGAGUGUCGAGCGCGUGCUCAAGAAGCUUGCAUCGGGCAAGGCACUUUUGAUUAUGCGUACACGCACACCGCGUCUUCCUUCUGCGACGUUUGUUACUGCGUACCUCGAGGCAUUCCGCCCCGAGCCACGCCCGCAGCUUACUGAUUCGAACAAGGCGGGCGAUAAAAUGUUGGGUCUUGCGUAUGAUGCUUUGGAUGCGCGCGACUACUACCGUGCGCUGGACUUGUGUGGCGAGGCGAUUGAGCUUGGUUGCAGCACCAAUGAACUGCAGGCUGCGGCUCUCAACUUGCGCGGCACCUUUAUGUUUGUCAUCGGCCUUGCCGGACGUGCCCAAGAGGAUUUGGACAAGAGCACGGAGCUUUGUCCCGACUAUGUCCAGAGCUGGGUCAAGAAGGCCAGCGUGCACACGGAGCUUGGUGACAAGGACCAGACUUUCCGUGACUUUGACCGUGCCAUUAAGAUCGACCCGAACAACCCCGACAUUUACUACCAUCGCGGCCAGGUCAACUUUAUCCUUGGCGACUACGAGGCAGCGAUUGCCGACUAUGAAAAGUCCACUUCUCUUGACGACAAGUUUAUCUUCUCGCAUGUGCAGAACGCUGUCGCGAACUACAAGCUGGGCAACGUCGCGCACAGCACGGCCAUUUUCCGCCGUAUCCUCAAGGCGUUCCCGAACUCGUCCGAAUCGUACAACUACUAUGGCGAGCUGCUGCUCGACCAGCAGCGCCACGAGGACGCGAUUUCCAAUUUUGACAAGAGCAUUGCAUUGGAGCGUGCCGACGCCAAAAGCACCAACGUGCUGCCCAUGAUUAACAAGGCGCUUGUCUUGUUCCAAUGGAAGCAAGAUCUGAACAGCGCCGAGCAGCUCUGCCGCGACGCGCUCAAGAUUGAUCCCGAUUGUGAUGUGGCGAUUGCAACGCUCGCGCAGCUGAGUCUCCAGCAGAGCAAAAUCCCCGAGGCGAUUGAGUACUUCCGUCGCUCUGCCGACAUUGCUCGGACAGAGCCGGAGCUGGUCAAUGCCAUCACAUACGAACAUGCGUCUCGUGCACAGCUCGAGUUCAUUCGCGACUACCCUCAGCAGGGUGCUGCACUAAGCCAAAUGGCCAGCUCGCUCGUCUAA